GCCGCCCGCUUCCGGCUGGCGCGUUGCUAGGGGUCGGUGUCAGCGACGAGGCCUUGGGCCGGCCAUGGGUUUCACUCUCAUCCCCGAACUCCUCCUGGCCGCCCUCCUGCUCCAGCUGUACCAGCCCGCCGCCUCCACCCUGCAGGAUGUCACGGGCGAGCUCUUCGCCUCGGAAGCGCGGGGGACGGUGGCCGCCUUCGGUGACUUUAACUCGGAUAAACAAACUGACAUCUUUCUGAUCAGAGCAAAAAAUCAAUUGGUAAUCUUAUUGGCUGAUCUAAAGGCACCCUAUUUCAAGCCAAAACCAAAAGUCGUAAUACCAUGGAGUAAUCUGGUGAUUACCAGUGUGGUACCGGGCGACUAUGAUGGGGAUUCACAAAUGGAUGUGCUCCUCACUCUUAAUUCUACUCGCAACAUGACUGUUGUUGUCUUCUGGGGGAAUAAUCAAACAUUAGAUCCAAACGUUUUUACUAUUCUCAGUCAGAGCUUUUUGGAUGAGCCGCUAGUACUUGAUUUUAAUGGUGAUAUGAUACCUGAUAUUUUUGGAACAGUCAAGGGAAAUCUAAGGCCGCAGAUAUGCUCCUUGAUUGGAAGGAAUCAAACGUGGUUUGCUGCCUUGGAUUCUGUAAAUAAAAUGUACAUACCUCAUUCUCAUGCUUUCAUCGACCUGAACAAAGACUUCACUGCAGACUUGUUUCUUACCACCAUGGAUGCUAAUGAGAUUCGUUUUGAGAUAUGGGAAAACAAGGAUGGAAAUUUCUCCAAAUCCCUUGAUCUAUAUGCCACGCAAAAACCACCAAAUGCCAAGAAAAUUGGACAGUCCACGUUUGCGGAUUUUGAUGGAGAUGGUCGGCAGGACCAUUUGCUGCCAGUGUGCAUGGACGACAGUUGCCGUGAGAGUGCCAUCUAUCGGACAGUGCCAGGUUCUGAUAAGUGGAUACCGAUUUUAUCUAAUCUGAAGAAUGGUGAUACUAUUUGGGGAUUUACUUCACGAGAGCCAACAGAUUUGUUGCCCUAUCCAUUUCCGAUCUCCAUUCAUAUAGGGGACUACAAUAUGGAUGGGUUUCCUGAUGCAUUGGCCAUACUGAAGAACACCUCAGGCAGCAACAAACAAGCUUUUCUCCUGGAGAAUGUUCCAUGCAGCGAUGUAAGCUGCCGGUCGGUGGGCCGAAUGUUCAGAGUGCUCUGGGAUUUGACCGAUUUAAACCGCAUCAAGAAUGCUGUGGUGGCAACCUUCUUUGACAUUUAUGAAGACGGCAUCUUGGACGUGCUUGUAUUGAAUGAAAAUAAGGCAAACUCCGAAUUGACCAUCCAUGCUUUGCGAAAUAACUUUGAUGCUGAUGCAUACUUCGUUAAAGUCAUUGUUCUCAGUGGAUUGUGUUCCAGUGAUUGCCCCCGCAAAGUAACACCAUUUGGUGUGAACCAGCCUGGGCCUUACAUCAUGUACACAACGGCAGAUGCUAAUGGAUAUCUGAAGAAUGCAUCAGCCGGUCAGCUGAGUCAGUCAGCACAUUUUGCUCUGCAGCUUCCUUACGUGGUCCUUGGUCUGGGCCGUAGUGCAAACUUCCUUGAUCAUCUUUUUGUUGGAAUUCCUCGUGCUAUCGGAACAAAGGCUGUAAGAAAACGAGAAUGGACUGCCAUCAUUCCAAAUUCUCAGCUUAUAGUAAUUCCAUAUCCUCAUAACUCGCCAAAAAGCUGGAGUGCCAAAUUAUAUCUUACACCCAGUAACAUUGUGUUGCUAACCGCCAUAGCCUUGAUUGGAGUCUGCGUUUUCAUUUUGGCUAUAAUCGGCAUCUUGCACUGGCAAGAAAAGAAAGCAGAUGACCGAGAAAAGCGUCAAGAAGCACACAGAUUCCACUUUGAUGCCAUGUAAAUAUAAUAAUUCCUGUGGGGCGAUCGUUAAGUGUUGGAUCUAAAAUAUUAAUUCUCAUAAAUAGCAAAAAGAUGAAUGUUUAAUGUGGAGUUGUAUAUAAUCAAACUGCUUCCUCUUGUUUUAAACUAAAUCCAGUUUUUUUUAUAAUUUGUGGGCGGUGGUUACAAAUAACGAUGUAUAGUUUGGGAGUUAAGAAUAAUUUAAAACUAAAUUAUGCAUUUCACAUUAUUCCUGCAUAUAUUUGCAAAUGUAUGUUUAUGUUGUUUGAUGAACUUGCUGAGUUGUUGUGUUAUUAAUGUCUCCAAAUGUUUACUUAAAUGGUCUCUGUGGAAAAGCAUGCUUAUUAAUUCUGGUUAGUUAAAAGGAACCGUACAUUAAACUUUAAUGAUUUAAAACAAAAA